UGUUCUGAGGGGUGCCUUCUCCUACCUUGCACAAAGGCACUGUAUAUAAGCCAGCAGUUGCCUGCAGCCCACGACUCAGCAUACCUACUCCUGACUUCUCAACAAUAUAAUAACACCAACACCACACAGAACCGCAUCUGUUUUCUCGGGUGGACGUUGCUACCUUUCUGCUAGAAUAAAUGGAUUUUCGUGUUUUCGUUAUCAGGACCAUGGUGCUCACAUGUCAGACCAUGGGUUCAGUCACGUGUCCCCGCUCUUAAAGAACAAGCCUGCAGAGUCCUUUGUGUUUGUCCCAAGGGCCUACUAACCUUCUCAUGCUGCACCGGUGGCAUGUGCUUGUAGGACAUGGUGGAGUCGGUGGCAAGAAAAUGAGCCAGAGGGAGGUGGGAGGGCGGGAAAAGCAUUAGACGGUCUCAGUGGUUAUGAUCCAGGGGCAGCUAGGGCAUCUUCCUCACCUGUCCCAGGACCCUCCUGUGCUCUUGGCUGUGGCUCUCUUCAGAGGGACGUCCUCCUUCGGGCCACGCGUGUGGCAGAGCCUCAAGGAACUAUUGGAUUGUCGGAAAAAUCAUGGCGUACUUUUUGGUCACCAUGGGGUUAGCUGCCCCAGACCUCUUCUGCGCAGUGCUCCUGCUCCCUCUUUUGGUGUUUGGGGUCCCCACUGAGGAGUCCACCUCCAGGGAAGCUGUGACCUCCAGUACCCCUGGUUACUGCCGACGGUGCUGUGACUCUGAGGACGCCCUGGCCGCUGCUGAUGAUGCAGAUGUGUCCUCGGCCUCUCCGUCUGCCCUCCCGUACGUGUUGCCUGAGGUCAGGCCCUACAUUAACAUCACCAUCCUGAAGGGUGACAAAGGAGACCGAGGCCAGCUGGGUAUGCCCGGGAAGCUGGGCAGGGAGGGUCCCCGGGGAGAGCGUGGUCUGCAGGGCACCAAGGGCACCAAGGGGCAGGCAGGCAGCCCCGGUGGCCCGUGCCAGAUGCGCUUCUCCGCCUUUUCGGUGGGCCGCAAGACGGCCCUGCACAGCAGCGAGGGCUUCCAGCCGCUGCUCUUCGACACCGUCUUCGUCAACCCAGAUGGGCACUUCGACCUGGCUGCCGGCCACUUUGUCGCCCCCUUGCGCGGCCUCUACUUCUUCAGCCUCAACGUGCACAGUUGGAACUUCAAGGAGACCUACGUGCACGUCGUGCACAACGAGGAGGCGGCCGUCAUCCUGUACGCACAGCCCAGCGACCGCAGCAUCAUGCAGAGCCAGAGCGUGAUGCUGGCCCUGGCGCUGGGCGACCGCGUCUGGGUGCGGCUCUUCAAGCGGGAGCGCGAGAACGCCGUGUACAGCGACGACGUCGACACCUACAUCACCUUCAGCGGCCACCUCAUCAAGCCGGAGGACGAUUAGUGCCUCCAGCAGGCCGGCUGUGGUGUGGGGUGGCUGUGGGCAGGUCGCAUCGCCCGUGGGCCUCAGUGUUCACCUGUGUAAAGCGGGCCCGCGGGGCCUGGCAUUCCAGGUAGCCCUCCUCUUCUCUCCUUCCCUCCCAGCCUGUUUCUGCUGCUCUCCUCUCUCAGACAUAUUUUGAGAAGCCAUGUAACCUAGUAUUCUAGAAGAACUUCCCCAGCCUUUUAGACCAGCGCUUCUCAAACUUGAAUGCGCGUGGGAAUCACCUGGGGAUCAUGCUAAAAUGUAGGUUCUGACCCAGCAGGCAGGGAGUGGGCCCGGGAUUCUGCAUUUCUCAUGAGUUCCUGGGUGACACUAAUGUUGCUGGUCUAUGGACCCCACGGAAUAACUGAAUUCUAGAGCUUUCACGGCAUUCUGGUACUUCCCGAGCAUUCUGGAACCCUCCGAACAUUCUAGAAUCUUCCUGACAUCCUCAACUGCUCUCAUUUCUCUAGGAGUCCCCCUCCCUUGUUCUCUUGCCGCUCCCCGCCCCCCCUGCCUCUCUCCCUCUCGCCUGUACCUCCACCUGUGCAGCCGCUGCUAAUGUAUUCUUCCUCCAUCAUUCACUGAGCUCGCUCUGUGCUGAGCUUUGGGAAAGCGGGGCUGCAUCAUGCACAGGCCCUGCUCUCGGUGAGUAUGCCGUCCAGCCGGGGUGGGGAGACACAGGAUUCUGAGACCUGACCCAGAGAAACGCACGGGGCUUCUGUUACAUCAGUCUGGGUUCUGGGCAUUCAGACAUUGUGGCCCCGCAUCACCCACACGCCCCAAGGCUGGUGGGACAGGGUCCCUGAGGUGUGUGGGGAUGUUCCCUGCCUACUCCUCUCUUUCCUGCCCGAUGCCCGUCAUUACAGCCAACUUCUGAGGGGCCUUGGUCAGGGCAAGGGUGCUGUGUGGAAAGGACCCAGGGCCUUGGGGGCUUUUGGGGGUGGGAGACGGAAGGGAGAAGGGCGCGCAGGCCCAUAGCUCCCCACACAGCUCGUAUGAUCAGCUGUGAGGACCCCUCCCCUCCUGACAGCGCCCCAUCCCUGCCCUACUCCCAGGGCUCUGUCAAGGCUUUGCUUAUCCUGCCAAAGGUGACGGGGCCUCAGUGCUCCCAGGUGUCCAGCCACUGUCAGACACUGACGUCGGUUCCCAGGUGCUCUCUGUUCCUCGCUGGCCCCUGUGGCCAGCCCAUGGCCCCGGCUCUUCAGGCUUUAAGGUGCUGAGGCCCUGGUGGGCAGCUCCCGCCCAGCAGAGUCUCCUCUGGCCUGGCGCUGCCUUUAGAAAUGCCGCUGGGCAAUGGGCCAGGACAGAAGGCACCAGGCUUUGGAGCCCUCAGCAGGUCUGGGGAACUGAAGUGAGUAGCAUUCCAGGUUAGUCAGGGGGACCCUCCUCUGAGCCAUGAUGCCAAGAGAGGUGUUGGGGGAGGCCCAGGCCAAGUAAGGGACAUCAGGCUGUCUGUCCUUUCUCCUACUCCCAGUGUGGGACAGCCUGGCGGCCCUCAGCCUCCCUCUCCUGGGACCCAGGUGGCCUGACCCUCUUCUCAGAGGGAGGCAGCCUCUACCUAUUGGUGCUUUUGCAGACUCUGGGCAGAAGGGGCCCAGUAGUGACCUCUGGUGCUCACUCAUAGCCCAGGGACCCACGGCUGCAUGGCCGGGGAUGGCAGCAGGGCCUGACCAAGGGCCUGAUGGAGGCCGGUGCUAUACAACCACUCCCAGCCCUUCUGCACCCUGCCCUGCUUGUCCAGCGUGAUUAAAGGUUUUGUCU